GGAACCGUUCAGGAAGGGAGAGCUCCGUCUGCCGUGACUCCCUGACGAGAGGUUGGAGGUGAGCACCGUGGUCCGUGGCACAGGCGCCACCUUCCGGCCUUGAGAAGCGGAGACAGCAGGUGCCUCCAUGCUCCGUGCCAGCUCCCCUCUGCCAGUCUCAGGGGAAAAGGGCCCCAUGGCUGCAAAAUCCUACGCUGGUGCUGUCCGAGAUGAGGCUGCGCCCCGGGGGCAGUGGGGCCGGGCCUGGGAGGUGGACUGGUUCUCCCUGGCCGGCGUCCUGUUCCUGCUGCUGUUCGCCCCGUUCAUCGUGUACUACUUCAUCAUGGCCUGCGACCAGUACAGCUGCUCGCUCACCGCGCCCGUGCUCGACCUGGCGUCCGGCCGCGCGCGCCUCUCCCACAUCUGGGCCAAAACGCCGUCCGUGACGAAGGAGGCCGCCCAGAUCUACGCCCUGUGGGUCUCGUUCCAGGUGCUCUUGUAUGUGGGGCUGCCGGAUUUCUGCCACAAGUUUCUGCCUGGCUACGUGGGAGGCGUUCAGGAGGGUGCCUUGACCCCCGCAGGCGUCAUCAACAAGUACGAGAUCAACGGCCUGCAGGCGUGGCUCAUCACGCACCUGCUCUGGGUCGCCAACUCCCACGUCCUCUCCUGGUUCUCUCCCACCAUCAUCUUUGACAACUGGAUCCCGCUGCUGUGGUGUGCCAACAUCCUGGGCUACGCCGUGUCCACCUUCGCCAUGAUCAAGGGCUACCUGUUCCCCACCAAUGCCAGAGACUGCAAAUUCACAGGCAACUUCUUUUAUAACUACAUGAUGGGCAUUGAGUUUAACCCGCGAAUCGGGAAGUGGUUUGACUUCAAGUUGUUCUUCAACGGGCGCCCCGGGAUCGUCGCGUGGACCCUCAUCAACCUGUCCUUUGCUGCGAAGCAGCGGGAGCUCCACGGCCACGUGACCAACUCCAUGGUCCUGGUCAACGUGCUGCAGGCCAUCUAUGUGCUGGACUUCUUCUGGAACGAGGCCUGGUACCUGAAGACCAUCGACAUCUGCCACGACCACUUCGGGUGGUACCUGGGCUGGGGGGACUGUGUCUGGCUGCCGUACCUCUACACGCUGCAGGGCCUGUACCUGGUCCACCACCCCGUGCAGCUGCCGGUGCCCCACGCCGCGGGCGUGCUGCUGCUGGGCCUGCUGGGCUACUACGUCUUCCGCGAGGCCAACCACCAGAAGGACCUGUUCCGCCGCACCGACGGCCGCUGCCUGAUCUGGGGCCGGAAGCCCAGGGCCAUUGCCUGCACCUACACCUCGGCCGACGGGCAGCGGCACCACAGCAAGCUGCUGGCGUCCGGCUUCUGGGGGCUGGCCCGCCACCUCAACUACACGGGCGACCUGAUGGGCAGCCUGGCCUACUGCCUGGCCUGCGGCGGGGGCCACCUGCUGCCCUACUUCUACGUGGUCUACAUGGCCGUCCUGCUGACCCACCGCUGCCUGCGGGACGAGCACCGCUGCGCCAGCAAGUACGGCGGCGACUGGGCCCGCUACACGGCCGCCGUGCCCUACCGCCUGCUGCCCGGCAUCUUCUAGAAGGCCGUCCUGCCUGGGGAGGCCCCCCCCCCGGGGGACUGGGGGAGCGUCGGAGCCGGUCCCUGGGGGCCGACAUCCCAGCCCCACCCUCAGGAAGCCUCCGUUUCCUCCUGCAACCCGGGAAGCGCCUGGCACUUUUUCAUGUCAAUGUCUGCGUCCCUUCCCCUGGUCCCGGGGAUUCGGAGGGUUACGGCUCCUGCCUUCUCACCAGCGCAGGUGACCCGUCUUUACUCUGUUCCGAGGACGGGAGGAUGGCCGGUCCCCGCUGCCAGCCCGUCGGUGACUGUUUCUCCUCUGUGGGUGUGUGGCCCUGGUGGCACGUCUUCCAGCUCCGGGGUCAGGACUGAACUCACUCCUGCUAAUGAGAGUGGGAGUGGGGUGCAGGGCUCACCCGUUACCAGGUGACCAGCUCAGCCCCAGAGGUGCCUUCAUCACCUGCCCUUGACAGUGGGCUGCUCCAACGUCUCGUACACUGAACAUGACCUUGAACUUGUCGGUGGAGAGGACUGAGGGUCACUGCGUGAGGAUGGGGCUCCUCCCCCUGAGCCCAGGGGUGCCCUUUGUUUCCCGGUGGCUCAUGUUGACGGGUGGGGACGCACAGCCAAGGCACCGUACCCAGACCAGACACGAGGUCCCAGUCCCGGCCGAGGCUCCCAGUGCCCGACUCCCUCUGGCACCCGUCCACCCGCCAGCCUGCCCUCCGGAGGGGCGUUUCCUGCGCGCCCAGCGACUGCACAGACUGGCUCAGGCAGCCCCGCGAACCUGUGCACCGUGCCGGGCCUCCCUGUGCCUUCUCCAGUGAGGUCUGAACCCCGGCCUUGGGAAGGGGACCCCUCUGCAGUGUUUUCUUAGAUCGGGCUCACUCCCUCAACCCUAGGGUGUUCUUGAAACUCUGUUAAUGUCACUGCCUUAGAUAAUAAUUCUUUAUAUUAAAGUUGCCAGUUCAAACUUC